GCGUCACAUCCGGUGGAAUAUUCUAGCGGAUUCUUCUGUUGGACUUUAAAAGCAGGCGCGCAGAGAAGCAGACUGAGAUGCUUUUUACAGGUGAACCACUGAAACGUUAUUGGGAUGCAAUAAACAACCACUUUGUACACAUGAAGAAGUAAUUAUUACAGAAGAGAUUCAUUUAAUACGAUUGCUUAGUUCCAUUGAAGCCGUGUCAAUCAUUUGCACUAUUUCAGCAUCAUCUUUAGGUCCUUCCAGCUGCUGUGCUGUGGGCAGAUUGACGCAGAGAGAAUCAUGAUUCUGCUGACUCCAUCCUCUGGUAAGUGCUUAUUGCUGGAUGCCCCUGGACAAAUGUGCAUGACAUGGUUGUGAUUCUCUGUCAACACUAGAGCCAAGGUCUGGUAAGAAUCAUGCAAAACCGGUGUCGGUUUAUUUUUUUCACAACUUAGAUCCGUUUUUUUCCUUGUACUUAUACUAGCUUAGAGUUAUAUAGCAAGUUGUCAACUAUUAAAUUAUAGAGUGGAUGAUACAUAGUUACUCAUCAGAAUUAAAUCUAUAAUCAAAUGUUAAUGCAGGUUGUAUGUGAUUAGGUAGAAUAUAAUGCUACGAUAAUAUCUUGUUUUUGAAAUUAUUUUUCAUCAUUUUUGUAAUAGAAAAUUAUUUCUCAGUUAGUGGGAGCAUGACGUUUUUUUUAAAUGUACAUAUUCCAUAAUUUCCCAGUUGUGAAAUUUGCCCCCCAUGCUCGUCUUAAUAGGUAGACAUCCUGGGCCUGUAUUCACAGAGCGUCUCAGAGUAGGUCCCCCCUGUCUUACUGCUUAUGAUCUAAAAGGCUAAACUGAUCCUAGAUCAGCACUUCUACUCUGAGACACUGUGAAUAUAAGCCCAGAAAUAUAUAAACUUAAAAGUGUGAAUGUAUCUGGCUCUGGCUUGAUACUUGGUGGAAUUUAUCAGUGGUGAGACAGUAUUGACUGGCCGGAUUAGGGAUCAGACCUGGCGAAUCCUUCCAUUGAGUUAUGAAACACAAGCUGGCACAUUUUUUUAUUUUUCCGGAAGAGUCGCUAACUGGGUCAAUAUUUCAAUAUUUUUUUAAUAUUUGUUGACAUUCUAGGCAAACAGACAAAGAUUAGUGGCAGAUACUGUAAAUGUAUCUGCUUAUUGAUUUGCCAUAGUGUACUAUUUGGGGUUUUCUGGUUAGGUUGUCGAAAGCCAAGUAAUGUAAAAUGUAAAUCAGAAAUGAGAAGCAUGCUUGUCAAGUGAACUUCUUAAAAGUUGUUGUUGGCUUGUGCUAUGUCUCAUACACUGUUUUCUUUCAGAUGAAGAGUCUCUUGAACUCGACUGGCUUUGGAAUCACACGAAGUUCUGUGUGCAAAACAGAAUAGUAGGAACAUGACUUUAACCCUUUUUCACGUACAGACGUUAGUUUGUUAGACUAUUUUAGUUUUAAAAAGGGUUUCUAUGGUAACUUCUUAUUUAUGUUUAUUUUAUGUAGAGGUAUAUGGGUCUUUGUCGGCAGAGAAUACUCUCUUGGCUACUUUUAUCACCUCGGCUUAUUAACUUCUGUGUGAAAUCCAAACUCCAUAGCGAAGCCACAGACACUCAAGAACAAAGAUCCCUUUGUUUGCCUUCUUUGAAACCCCUCAGCAUUGCAAGGACAAAAAACAGCCCUGGCCAUAGUGAAGUAUCUAGCGUCACUGGACCUUCCAGCUUUUUAAGUAAGAUAACCUAUCUAUGAUGCCUUUUAAUGCUUCAAGAUUCCUGCAUCAUUAAUUCAAUGAAAGUCAACAUUAAAUUGCCCUUACACUCUUCGAUUACUUUAAUAACCGUAAUGGUGGAAUUACACUGUAUUACACUGAUAGGAACUUUGAUAUAACAAUACUUGGCUUUCACAUAACAAAUGUAUAAGGAAAUUAUGUAAUUACUAUGAAAUUUCCACAAAAUACAAGCUAUGAAAAAAACCAGAACAAGCAAACUGCUAUUGACCCUUUUUAAAAGCUACCCAUCCAUGUGAACAUUGCUGUCAUGUCCUUUGUCAUUGUUCCAGGUCACUGUUUUGCCAGUCAACUAGCCUAAUUAAUCAACAGCCCAGUAGACUCAUUAUCUCUUAUACUAUUUGUGGACAGUCCCUUACUAUAGUAUAGUACCAUGUGUGGACAGUCACUUACUCUCUCCCCACCAGCCUGUCUCAGCUAUACAUGCACUAUAUAUUUGCUGAAUAAGUAUUCCGUGUGGCAAUGACUAUGAGAAUAUUAACACUACCAAAUGAUGGUUACUGUACAUACUGUGCCAGCCCCUAUUCUGAAAAGUGGAUUAGUCUAUCGAAUGGUGGGUCUCCAAUAAACUUACAUACUUCUUGGUAAGUGCUACUACUUUUUAUUAGCUACAUGAAUCAAUCUUGCAUAGGUUUGUAAAUAAUGUACAAUUUGUAUAUAAAAAAUGAAGUUUCUUUGCAAAUGUUCAUUCUUUGAUAACAAAUACAUUAUUUAAUACUGUGUAACAACUAUAUAUUUUUUUUGAAGCACAACCUAAACCACUUGUGAAUUUUAUUUAGGUUCUCGCCUAUACUUGAAAUCUGCUGGUUACUAGUACUACUGUAGGUUGGAUGCUGUACAGUAGGUUGGGUGCAUGAGGUUUCUUCCAGCGCACCAAUAAGCUAUUUCUAAGCGAGCAGGCCACGGGUGUCCAGCUCAAGGAGUUUGUACGCAAAAAUGCAGCCAAUGCUCUGUCUAUGGCCAACAUGCUCAUGGGCAUGGCCUCUAUUCUCUGCAGCCUGAACGGCCACCAACAUGCAGCCUGCUGGCUGGUCCUGAUUGGCUACCUGCUGGAUUUGGCAGAUGGGGCAGUUGCCAGGCGACUGGAUGCAUGCUCUCCACUAGGUGCUAAACUGGAUGAUUUUGCAGAUUUCACAACCUUUGGGAUUGCAACAUCAUUGCUCCUGAGGACACAUGCCUUAAUGGACAACAUCCUGUGCAUGUGCUAUGUCCUGUCUGUGUUUGUCCGCCUCUGCUUCUUCUCCAGCGGCAUCCCCUUCAUGUACCGUGGCCUGCCAUGUAUCUACUCUUCUGCCAUCCUGGCCUGUCUCUCCCUGCUGACCGGAGGUAACAUGGUGAUCCUGCGUGUCACUGCUGUGGCCAUGAUCCUCUUCAUGGUCAACCAGGGCUUCUACCCUCACGACAGGGUCCUGGAGUCACAGGCCUGGAAGAAGGUGGUCUACGCUGGAGGAGUUGUCAUGGUGUUCUGUUCCUCUUUCUCUCCGGCAUGUGUGUACUACCUGUUGUGGUCUGUCUCCUACAUUUUGUUCCCAACAUCUCUUUGGAGUUGCAAAGUGUAGUAGGAGUUAAAGGCCUUGCUCCAAACUCACACAUGGCUUGUCAACAGGCCGUCCGGCGGGGUUAACUAAAGCUCCCAGACUGCUGCUGCUAGCUAUCCACAGCGGAUCGAAAAAGGACGUAAGAGGACGUUUUAAUGUUUUUGUAAGAUUUAACUGCCUUUUUCAUCAUGACCACUUGAUGGAUAAUGUAAUGUACCUUAGCCAUUUUGUUUUUGAUUAAUACAGUGUUUGAAUGUCUAGUUAUGUUUUUACAAUACAAUGGCAGAAUUGUACUGUACUGUCUUGUGUGUACUGUGUGCAUAAUUGUGCUUGAGAUUACUCCAACUAUUAUGAAGUAUUUUCAGUAAUUAAUAGUCAUUUGAGACUUACUGUAAACAUGGUAGAUUCAAACUUAUUGCAUGCUCCCAAUUUGUAAUACAUAUUUAAUUCAAAAGAUUUUUUUUUUCAUCAUAUUGCAGAAACAAAAGAAGUCCAUUGUAUAAUCAAGCAAAAAGGCCAGAGGAGGUGUGGUAUAUGGCCAAUAUACCAUUGCUAAGAUCUGUUCUUAUGCACGAUGCAACACAGAGUGCCUGGAUACAGCCAUUAGCCAUGGUAUAUUGGCCAUAUACCACAAACCCGCAAGGUGCCUUAUUGCUAUUAUAAACUGGUUACCAAUGUAAUUAGAAGAGUAAAAAGUAAUUUUGUCAUACCCGUGGAAUACUUAAGUGAUAAUGCCCGAGAAGCCGGUGUUUGGAGGAUAUAUUGGCACGGGCGUUAGACCCGAGACGAAGUCGUGGGGCCGGCAAACCAUGCCAAUAUAUCCUCCAAACACCAGCUUCGACGGCAUUAUCAAUUUUAUACAACGGGUUACCAACAUAUUCAAAUAAUGAUUUACAGAUUUUCAUAAAAUAUAUUUUGAUGAAUGUAUUCAUACCAUUUAACCCUUCCACAAGAUAUAGUCCUGACACAAAUCUAGUGUUGCUACCCAAGCCGGCUGGUCGUUCGUUCUAUCGGUUCGGUUGCCAGAGACGCGACCCAGUCGUUCGUUCUAAAUGUUUGAUUGGCAUACUGGCUGGCAACGUUCUUAUCCCUUUCUUGCUAGCCAACUACGGCUAACUUAGUCACGUCAAACAGUGCAGCCAGAAUAACAACAAACUAGCUUCAUUUUCAUUUGUUUAAGGUGUUAUUUAGUGACAUUUAUUUGGUUGCAUACAAAACAAUGAGCUAAUGAUGAACGAUUUCACCUGGCAUAGAAAAUGUGCUCCGAUGUGCUAGCCAACAACACAGCUAACACAAUCACUUCAAACUCGAUCUGGAAAGACUGCAAACUAGCUGCACUUUGUUUCGUUUGACCUGUUUUCUAUUGAUAUUUCUUCAUAUAUCCAUAAAAAUUAUUCUAAUUCAUUUCGACUGGCUGAGAAAAGCUGACUGCCUGUCUCAUCCCGACACGUUCAUUACUAUGGGACAGCUGGAGAUCUAAUUUGAAUAUUGAAACAAUGUUGAACAUUUCGGAGACAGACAGCAAGGUUUAUACAAAUCUCCGCUGUUGAAAACUAAAUGUUAGUCUAAAAGAAAUGUGAGAAUGUCUAGAUGCUUUUUGUAAUGGAGAUCAAGUUUUUAACUUCCCUGUCUGGGCUGAUGAGACAGUGGAUUGCGCAGUCAGAUGGAACAGAGCAGUCAGUGGUGGAAAAAGUACCCAAUUUUCAUACUUGAGUAAAAGUAAAGAUACCUUUCGUAGAAAAUGACUCAAGUGAAAGAGCACCUAGUAAAAUACUACUUGAGUAAAAGUAUUUGUGUUUAAAUAUACUUGAGUAUCUAAAGUAUAAAUCAUAUCAAAUUGCUUAUACAUUUAUUUUUAUUUUACGGAUAGCCAGGUGCACACUCUAACACUCAGACAUCAUUUACAAACGAAACAUAUGUGUUUAGUGUGUCUGCCAGAUCAGAGGCAGUAGGGAUGUUUUCUUGAUAAGUGUGUGAAUUUGACCAUUUUCCAGUCCUGCUAAGCAUUCAAAAUAUAAUGAGUACUUUUGAGUGUCAGGGAAAUGGACUUUAAACUCCAUACAUUUAUUUUAUUUAGAAAUGCAGUAAAGUAAAAGUUGUCCAAUAGUAAAGUACAGAUGCCCCCCAAAAACAAGUUAAGUAGUACUUUAAAGUAUUUUUACUUGAGUACUUAACACCACUGGAACAGAGUAAAUAGGUAUUUUAAUGUCAGAUUUAGCAGGUGGUAACUUGUGGAAUAGACACAGGCUGGAAUGCGGUUUUAAACAAUCAGCGUCCAGGAUUAGACCCACCUGUUGUAUAAGGUCUGAUAUACCAUGGCUUUCAGCAUUUAGAGCUCAAACCACCCAGUUUGUUUUUUAAAUGAUGGUAGCCAGACUCUGGUUCAUAUCUUCUGUUCUACUUAACGCUACCACAGUGAUUGUACAUAAUACAUUGUGUGUGCAUAUGGGAUUGUUAAAUAUUGUUUUUUAUUUUAACUUCAAAAACCAAGUUUGUUUUUGAGCAUCAAACUGCAUUCUUUAAUCUAAAUUUGGGAAAAAAUGAUCCUCCUACCAUUGCAACGAGAGAUUUAGUUUCAUUUCAUUGGAGGCAAAAUGUAUUAGUGCUUACGUUCCCACCAGAUAUUUGAAUCACUGGAAUUACAGUACUAUUUUAAAAAUAUGUCAUGGGCUAGCCAUCGAGAAUACAAUAUUGAGCAUUCAUAUAAGAUAACUGGUUCUCGUGUUUAACUCAAAACACAUGAGCAGAUUUUAUUCUAAGUAAGAGUUUGACAUCUUUCCAUUUGAUUUACACGAGUGGUUCCUUUUAAUCUCCUGUGAACGUAGCUUUUUAUUUGGUAUUUGUGCACCUCUGCUUCUGUUUUAGGAGGCUUUGCACUUUCAGUAGUACCAAAAAAAUUGCUUUUUACCCAAGGUAUAUUGAUGAAUGUAUUUUAUUUUUUCAUAACACUAGUGCCGGCCUGAACUGUGCUGGCUUGGAUCAUUUUCAUUCCUGCUGUCCUUUCCAGCACUGUUCCAGUAACUAUAGUUUAUGUGUCACUAGUCCUGCACAGCUCAUCUCGGCUUGGUUCGGCUCAGCUCAGUAGUGUGGAACAGUUUUGCGGUUACUUUUAAGCGUGAGUCAUGACAAAUGUUAUCUAGAUAUUCCUGUUCUUGGUCCAGUCGGUCGAGCAAGGACUUAUUCCAUUUCCGCACGACUGGGUGUGUUAUGAAAAUGGCGGUUUGUGCCUCUCUUUAGGAUUUUAGAUGUGUGUGUGAGUGAUGGAGACAAUGUGACGAGUUUGUUUUGAAAUGUCUUGAGACUGACAACAGCAACUCUACAGUACAACUAUAAAUGUCACCUCCACGUGGUCCAAACUGCUGGUUUGUUAACAUCAUGGUCAAUGACAAGCAAUUUUAUGAACAAAAUCAACAGCGUAGAGGGAGUGAAGUACACUUAAAGGCCAAUUGUACGUAGCAUGAUCAGUGACUUCAAGACUUCAACUGUAUGACCACAAUACAUGCCUCAUUACUACAGUUCAAUGCACAAGAGUGAUACUCACCCAAUUAUAAACCAGUAAACGUCUUAUGAAGAUCUGUAUUUUUUAUUCUGUACCUUUGACAAUAAAAAGUGGUGAUUUAUAA